AUGGUUGACAUUCAGAUCCCAAGCACAUUCGAUCCAUUUGCGGAGGCCAAAGAAUCGGAUGCACCGGGCACAAAAGAGUAUGUGCAUAUUCGCAUACAACAGAGGAAUGGAAAGAAGAGCCUAACCACAGUUCAAGGGCUGAAGAAGGAGUACAGCUAUGAGAAGAUCUUAAAAGACCUCAAGAAAGAGUUUUGUUGCAACGGAAACGUUGUCAAUUGUAAGGAUCUUGGCAAGAUCAUCCAACUCCAAGGCGAUCAACGCAAGAAUGUUUCGCACUUUCUUGUUCACGCUGGUCUCGUCCGAAAAGAUAACAUCAAGAUUCAUGGUUUUUGA